AUGUCUGACUUGGAUUUAUUGUAUAAAGGCGAUAUUAUUAAGAAUAGAUGGAAAAUACUGCGAAAAAUUGGAGGUGGUGGUUUUGGAUUGAUCUAUGAAGCAUACGAUAAAAUACGACAAGAUUCUGUUGCUAUUAAAGUGGAAUCUAAUUCACAACCAAGACAAGGAAUACGAAUGGAAGUGACAGUGUUGAGAAGAAUUCAGGAUCAUAAUCAUGUUUGUGAAUUAAUAUCCGGUGGUACAUCGACAAAUUACAACUAUAUGGUGAUAACAUUGUUAGGAUCAAGUUUAUCUGAACUGAGACGAUUUUUACCGGAACAAUGUUUUUCAACAAGUACAACUCUAAGAAUUGGAAUACAAAUAUUAGAAGCUAUUGAAAAUAUUCAUUCGAUUGGAUUUUUACAUCGUGAUAUAAAACCAUCAAAUUUUGCCGUUGGUCGAACAAGUUUAAACUGUCGAAAUGUGUUUAUUCUCGAUUUUGGAUUAGCAAGAAAAUAUACAGAUUAUGAUCACCACGUACGACCAGCACGACAAAUAGCAGGAUUUCGUGGUACGAUAAGAUAUGCAUCAAUAAACGCUCACAAUAGUCGAGAAUUAGGACGACACGAUGAUUUGUGGUCAUUUUUUUACAUGUUAGUAGAAUUUAUUGUCGGCUCACUGCCAUGGUCCAAGAUUAAAGAUAAAGAUAGUGUUGGACGAAUGAAAGAGACGUGCAAUUACACUCGUUUUUUAACCUAUUUACCGAAAGAAUUUGAAAAAUUCUUAGACCAUAUUAAUAAGCUGAGAUAUGAAGAUGAACCGGAUUAUAAAUUUUUACGAACAAUAUUUUUAUCGGCUAUAUCUCGUCUCGGUUAUAGAGAAUUGGAUGCAUUUGAUUGGGAAAGACAUGAUGUGUUAUCAACCACAACAAGAAAUCGUACAUCGUACUCAUAUGAUAAAAAAUCCGAUAAGGAUGGUGUUAUCGUUGCUGGAAAUAGUAUCAACAAAGGAAAUUUAUCCAAAAUGAAAGCUCAAAAUUCGGUAGAAAUAUCACAAGAGAAAGUUUCUCCUGCCAUACAGAAAACACAAGGGCAACAACAACAAGAAACAGUUUAUAUGAACGAUAAAAGAUUUACCAACGUAAAAUCACAGUCCAAACAUUUGGAGAAGAAUAUCAGUGUUCUUGUUGAUAAUGGAGCAAUUAACAAUCCACGACGAGCGAUUAACAACAGAAUUAGUCAUCUAAGAAAAUCUCAUGAAGGACACCUAAUAGUGGCUAAUAAUCCUAACAAAGAGGUGGAAGCCUUCACAAUACAAUCGUGUAGUACGCAAUAUCCGCUAAAAGUGCAAAUAAAAACACAUAACCUAAGCGCUGAACAGGGAACAGGUAGUGGAGAUAGACUAUGUGAAACAGUCACAUCGAGAUGGUCACAACAAUCUAGAAACAAUUAUAAUGUAGGUGCAGCUCCUGAUGAAAAUAUUGGUAAUACAGAAAUGAGAAGAUCGAUUGGCAAUAAAUCCUGCAGUAGUAGUCAACACUGCUCCGUUGCUCAAGCAAGUUUAUCACCGGAUUUAGUGAUAAAACGUAGUUCAAAUAUUUUAUCAGACGACAAAGGUUUAACUUUUGCUGCCGCACCCGGAACUCCAACUUUGUUCUCUCAGUGGUCUCCACUCAAUGGAGAAACAACAGAAGAUGAUGCAAUAAAAGGAAAUAAUAGUAAUAGUAAUAAAGAUGAACGAGCAUCAUUAAGUGCAUCUAUAACUGGUGGUCUCUAUCCUCUUGAAUCUAAUCGUUGUAACAAUUUUGCAGGCCGAUUGUCAGGAGUAAAGUCGAGAAAAAUAUUUAUAUCAGAUGAUGAGCACAGUUUAACAGAAGAAAAAGAAGACAUUUCAAUGUCGGAUGAUGAUAUAUUGACUACGUUAAAGAUUCUGAUUAUCGGAGAAAGUGGUGUGGGAAAAUCAAGUCUUUUAUUACGAUUUACAGAUGAUAGAUUCGAUCCUGAACAACCAGCGACUAUCGGUGUCGACUUCAAAGUUAAACCAUUAGAUAUUGAAGGAAAUAGAGUCAAACUUGCUAUAUGGGAUACAGCAGGCCAAGAACGUUUUCGAACAUUAACACCAAGUUAUUAUCGAGGUGCACAAGGAGCUAUACUCGUUUAUGAUGUUUGCAAUAGAGACUCAUUUCGUCACCUCGAUAGAUGGAUCAGUGAAUUAGAUACAUUUGCAACAAAAUCAAACAUUAUUAAAAUGUUGGUUGGAAAUAAAAUUGAUCAAGAAAGUAAUCGAUUAGUGGCACGUGAUGAAGGUGUCAAAUUUGCGAGAAAACAUUCAAUGCUUUUUAUUGAAGCAUCAGCUCGAACUCGUGAAGGUGUACAAAUAGCGUUUGAAGAACUUGUUCAAAAAAUCAUUCAAACACCUGGUUUAUGGCAAAAUGAUCAACGUUCACAACAAGGCUUUCAUGCCGGAGACAAACGAAAGCAAAAUGAUGAAGAUGAACAAACAUCAGACAAUGUCAUCAAAUCAGUUAAUACUGUUGAAGAUGAUAAAUAUGAUAUUGAAAAAGAACUGUCAUUAUCAAAAAAACGUCCCAAAAUCGAUCUUUGUCAAGGACGUGAAAAAUCUAAUGAAAUAAAUAAAUCAAAACUUCCAUCUUUAUUUUCAAAUAAUCCAACAAUACCACAUGUUGAAGUAAAAAAGAUGAAAUCGACAAAAGAAGAAAUUUUUGGUGAAGAAGAUAUGAAUAAUUUCGGAGUUCAUCCACAUCUGAUGGCGGCUGUUAAACAAAAGUUUAGUAUUGAACGAUUAACAAAUGUGCAAGAAAAAUCAAUACCGGCUAUACUCACUGGACAAGAUGUGAUUAUUAAAUCUCAAACGGGCAGUGGCAAAACACUUGCUUAUGCUGUUCCACUUAUUCAUUGUAUACAAAUGAAAACUCCUCUUAUUCGUCGAGAAACUGGUCCAGUCGCAAUUAUAUUGGUACCGACAAAAGAGCUUGUACAACAGACAUACGAUGUUUUUAAUAAACUUUUAACCUCGUUUGUUCGUAUUGUUUGUUCGCCGUUGAUUGGUGGCUCAAAUCGUAAUCAUGAAAAGAAACGUCUUCGUCGAGGUAUUAAUAUUCUUAUUUCAACGCCCGGUCGUCUAUGUGAUCAUAUUGAAAAUACACAAUCAUUAUCAUUCAAAAAUAUUCGAUUUUUGAUCUUUGAUGAAGCGGAUAAAAUGCUUGCAAUGGGAUUUUCAACUGCCAUAAACAAAAUCAUCUCAAAAAUCAAUGAACAUAUUGGUGACAAUGUGAACGAAAAUGUUCAACGUAUUCUUCUUUCAGCAACACCAGCAUCAGCUCUAGAGGAAUUUGUACAACUUAAUUUGAAAGAAACAGCUAUUCGAAUCGAUAUAUCCGAACAAUUUAAUAAUGAAAGUGAAAUAACCGUACCAAAAACAUUAAAACAAUAUUUUACUGUUGUUCCAAGCAAAUUACGUUUAGUAACACUUGUCUCAUUUCUUUUACGUAUUUAUAAUCGUAAAAGAUCUAGUAAAACAUUAGUAUUUCUAGCUACAAAUGAUCUUGUACGUUUUCAUUAUGAUGUUUUAAAUAUGAUAUUAAAUGGUGAAAAGAAUGUUGAUGAUGAUGAUGAAAUUCAAAUGGGAAAACUUAUUAAUGAUGAAGUGAAAGUAUUGCGUUUACAAGGAGAUAUGGCACAUCAAGAGCGUAUGAGUGUAUUUAGUGAAUUUGUUAAAUUAUCUCGAGGAAUUCUGUUAUGUACUGAUGUAGCAUCACGUGGUUUAGAUAUGUGUAAAGUAACAUGGAUUUUACAGUAUCAUCCAACAAAUCCAAUUGAUUAUAUACAUCGUGUUGGUAGAACAGCAAGACUUGGUUCAAUUGGACGAUCAUUAUUAUUUUUAUUACCAAAUGAAACUGAAUAUAUUACAACAUUACAAGAAAAAUAUAAAUUAAAAUUAAAAGGCAUGUCAUUAAAUGAAAUAUUAAAUACAUUAUUAGAUAGUCGUGAAAAAUUAAUUCAACAUUUUGAAACUCGAAAGUCUGCGGGUCCCAGUCCCAGUCCCACGGGACUUUUUACGGGAUUGGGACCUAGAGAUCCGCGGAAUGGUCCCGAUCUCGUAGGACUUUUAAUGGGACCGGGACCAGUUCACAAUAUUCUUAUACUGUACAUGACAUCAUGGAGAAUGAAUUUGAAUGAAAAAUUUUCGGUUAAUCAUUUAUCAAAUUUUUCAUUAAGAAAUGAUUUUCAAGAAGAUAUUAAUUCAUCUGUUGAUAGUGAAAAUAUUAACACAAAUGAAUCAGUUUUAUCUAAGCCAAAGGAAAUAUUUUCUAAUAUAACAUCACAUCAUCAUAUACGUGCACAUUCAUACGAUACAAUAUCGGCACAACGUUUAGAAUCAAGAGAGUCAACAAAUAAUUUAUUAACAGCACAAUUAUUUCGAUCAAAACAACAACAACAAACAAAUGAAAAUAAUAGUCAACAAUCAAAGAUUUUACAUCAAUCUCAUCAUCGUCAUACAGCAUCUUAUGCAUCAGAUAUUACAUCAUUUUAUUCUAAUUCAAAUCUAAAUAAUUAUCAUCAUUCAACAUCACAAGAUAAUCUUAAACAUUCAGGCACAUCAUCACCCCAACAUAUUCUUUUUACUGCUAAAAAAUCAAAAACAUCAUGUUCAACAUCGUCUGGCUCAACAUCUGCUCCAUCUAUUUCCACAUCAUCGUCGAUGAUCACUGAAUCAUCAAAUAUUUUAAAUCGUUUUAAUAUUCAUAAUGCAAAAUUAAUUGCUUUAUUACUAUUUUUUUGUUUAUUAUUUUAUCAUGGAUUUUUACGUUAUAUCAAUGGAGUAACAUCAUGUCAUCGAUUAUUAUAUGAAGGACGUAUUGAACGUUAUCAUGUUUGGCAACCAACUGGUUGUAUGAUGCAUUGGUAUGAUUCACUUGAUUUUAAUCAAUGUAAACGUUUGAUAUCGUCAUCUUCACUAGCAAUUGAUUCAACAAUAAUAUCAACAAAAAAAUCGUUUAAUAAUCGUUUAGAUCCUGUUGAAUGGUUACGUACACGAAAACAAGAACAAGAAAAAAAAUAUUUACAAUCACAUUCGUCUUUGCCUAUAUCAUCAUUAUCAAAUGAAUUUCGUUAUACAUUUGUGGGUGAUGAACGUUUGUAUAUGAUCUAUCGUACAUUUUUAAAUACAAUUAAAUAUCGUCCAAAUAUUAAACCAACAUUAUCCAAUUCAAAUUCGCCUUCAUCAUCCUCAUCAUCAUUCUCUUCCUCCUCCUCCUCCUCCUCCUCAUCAUCAUCAUUUCAUCGACGAAAAAUUAUUCCAUCGGUGGAUGAUUAUUAUAAAUAUUCAUUUAAUAUGGAUAAAAAUAUGUUUUCAAUGAAACAUGAUCGAAAUUUAACAUAUACAAAUGAAAAUUUUAAUAUUCAAUAUUAUUCAAUAAAUGAAUUUAAUGAAAGUUUUUACAAUUUAUUAUCAUCAUGGAAUACAUCAAUAAAAACAAACAGACCACAUAUACUUGUCAUUGGUUUAGGAUUAUAUAUGGGACUAAAAAUGAAUGGUAGUAGACAAGCAGUUGAUAGUUAUGAAAAAAAUUUAACACAAAUAAAAGUAUUAUUAAAUAAUCUCAGUUCAGCAAUGACAAUUAUAUGGUUUGGACAACCACAUUUGAAUAUUAAUGAAGAUUUAUUUGUUGUUAAUGAUGAUAAACAAAAUCCUUAUCUAUUCGAUUUUAUUCUAAAGAUAAAUUCUUAUUUGGAUAAUAUUAAUUAUAUAACAAAAGUUAUAUUUCAUAAAACAAAUAUAUUCUAUUGGCAUUCAUCUAGUCUAUUACAACAGACAACAUUUUCACCUACUUCUUAUCCUCAAAAUUUUCUUUAUGAUGAUGAUACAGAUGAAAAUCAACAGGAAAAUGAUAAAACAACAUUAACACAAACAGAAACAACAAUGACAAAUAUUGAACAAAAUAAUGGUGAAAAAUUUGCUUCAAAUAAUGAAAUUAUGUUUUAUUCUUAUUUAAAAUUGAAAAUAAAUCGUACAUCAUUAACAACUAUUAUGAUUAAUUCUGGUCAAAUUUAUGAAUUUUAUAAAUUAUCAUCAUUUUCUCGUCAUACAUGUGUACAAAUAUUAUUAAAUUUAUUAUGUAAUCAACGAUUAUUACCUGAUGAUGGAACAUGUUGUGCUCAAGUACCACCAUUAACACGUUUACAAUUUUUAAUCAGUUUACUAUUAGGUUUUUUAAUAACAUUUUUUAUCUUCUAUAUUGUCCAUAGAAUACGUACAACAUUUUUAUUAAGACGAAAAAAACAUUUACUAUCAUUAACAAUAAUAGCACCAACAAAAGCUAUUAUUGAUAAUCAACAACAAUCUCCAUAUAAAAUGGGUAAUGGACAUAUGACUAAUGGUGGAUCAUGUUUAUCGAAUGAUCGUUUGGAUAAUCAUCAAACAUCAUCAUCAAUGAAUGAAAAUUCAUUUAGCUCACCACGUUCUCAAAAUCAUUGUAUAACAUCAUCAUCACAUAGUGCACUUAGUCGACCAUCAAGAUUUAGUCGUUAUCGUUUUUUAAUUCCAAAAUUUUUAAGAAAUUUACGAAAAAAAUCAACACAACAUUUAUUACCACCUUUAUUAUUGACAAGUUCAAUUGCUACGCAACCAUCAACAUCUAAUUCAUCUUCAUCAUCGGGAUCUCUCUAUCCAUCACGUUUUUAUAAGAAAAAAAAUUCACUAUUUCAUUUUCCUUUAACUGAACCGUAUAUUUUACGUACAAUAGUCAAAUAUUCAUUUAUAUUACUUUAUUUUUAUUUAUCCGAUCGUACAGAUUUUUGGAUGAAAGAAAAUCUUCAUUUUACACGUGUAGCAUUUUUUCUACCAUUAACAUAUAUUGGUGUAUUAGGUAUUUUCUUUCAUGAUAAAUUACAACAAUUAUCUCCAUUAUCAUCACCAUUUUCAUCGUUAAGUGUAUCACCUACACUAACACCGACAACAAAUGAUCCAUCUUCACCAUUUUCGUCUGUUGAAUCAUCAACAAAUCAUGACAAUCAUGAAACAAUAAAUGAUAUUGAAAUAAGAAAUGAUGAAAAUAUGACAACAACAACAAAAUUUAUGAUAUCACAACAAUCAUCUUCAUCAAAUACAGAUGAUUUAUUUAAUUGUAUUUUAAAUAGUGAACAAAUUGAUGAAUGGAAAGGUUGGAUGCAAAUUGUUAUAUUAGCAUAUCAAAUGACAGAUGCAUCGGGAAAAUCAAUUGUUUUAGCAAUGUUUGUACAAUUAUUAAUUAGUUCCUAUCUAUUUUUAGCUGGCUAUAGUCAUUUUGUUUAUUAUUGGAAAACGGGAAAUUAUAAUUUUCUAAAUUUUUUACAAAUGUUAUUUAAAUAUAAUUUUUUAACUAUUACAUUAUGUUUAAUAAUGAAUAGAAAUUAUCAGUCAUACUAUUACCCACCAUUAAUAUCAUUUUAUUUUAUCAUGGUUUAUUUUACAAUGGCUAUUCUACCACCAAGAAUACAUAUGUCAACAAUUAAAGAUAAAUCCAUAUAUCUUGUCUAUUUAUUUUUAAAAUUGAUUGUAUUAGGCACAUUAUUGACCACAUUAUCAUUAUCUGAAUUUUUAUUUGAAAAACUAUUUACUUUUAAAUUGUGGAAUAAUCUGUUCACAACAUCAACUAUUACAUCAUCAUUAGCUGCAUACGCACAACAAUUACAUAAAUCCGAUUUAACACAUGGUGGUUUAAAUCAGUUAAAAACAUUACUAACACAUGAUGUUAAUAAAAAGUUAAGUGAUGGUGAAAAAUCAUUAUUAGAUUAUUUAGCAAAUUCAGGAUGUGGUAUUGUUGGUCCUGUCACAUUAUCUGGUAUUACAUUAGAUGAUAUAACACAUAAUCAUCAUUUUCAUAAUGGUACCACUAAUAAUAUUUAUUAUGAUAGAAAUGGAACAAUUAAUGAUUGGUAUCAUCGAUGGAAUCUCGAUCGUUAUACAAUAUUGUAUGGUAUGUGUUUUGCUUAUCUAUUAAUUAUAAUUCAAAAUUAUGAUACAUAUAAAACAGUGGGUGGUCUAAUUACAAUGAAAAAGAAACAAUAUCAACAACAAUAUCGUUCAAUUCGAUUUAUAUCAUUAUUCUGUAUACUAGGUUUAAUGGGCUCAAUUGUUUAUACUAUUAUUCUAUUUUUAUGUUCAAACAAAGCAAUUUGUGAUGAAAUACAUCCAUAUAUAAUUAUCUUACCGAUUACUUGUUAUAUUGUAUUACGAAAUGUACCCAUGUUUUUACGAAAACAUUAUUCACCAUUUUUCUCAUGGUUUGGUCGUAUAUCAUUAGAACUGUUUGUUACUCAAUAUCAUAUAUGGUUAGUGGCUAAUGGUCAUGGUACAUUGACAAUUAUACCACGUAUGCCAACACUCAAUUUAAUUGUAACAACAUUUAUAUUUAUUUGUAUAGCCCAUGAACUCCAUAUUAUAACAAAUGUACUAACACCCGUUUUCAUACCCAAUGAUUAUAAAUGUUUUGCGCUCGUACCAUCAACAGCUGAACAAUGUGCCAGUUCAUUACAUUUUCAAUUCGAAGAAUAUGUCAAUGCAUCCGAAGAUCGAUUGAAGAUGGCUGAACAAUGUUGGUCGACUUAUUUAUCGUUUAUACGAUAUUAUGCCUCAUUUUCAAGAGAAUGGAAAUAUUUAUUUCAUGUAAAAAAUUUACAUCGUGGACAUGUAGCAAAAAGUUUUGGUUUAAGAGAACAACCAGAUGAAAUGAAUAAUAAUGAGCGUAAAGAACGACAAGAUACAUUUUCAUCUGCUAAGCCAUUAAUACCGAGAACUGAAAAACAACAAGACCAAUUUGACAAUGACUUAAGUGAAAAUUUAGUAAAUUUGGCAAAAUCAUCAGUUAUUGAUGAUAGUUCAACAGUAGCUAGUAAUUCAUCGUUCGUUAAUAAAAAUACUUCAGCAGCAACAGCUACGCCAUCAAUCAACUAUAAGCGGCCUCGUUAUAAAAAUUUUAGUCGUGUAUCUGAAUUUAGUGAUGGUUUUGAUACAAUGAUAACAAAAAAACAACCACCAAUGAAAAAACGAAAAGAUAAAUUGGAUGAAUUUUUGGAAAAGAAACGUCAACGAAGUAUGAAUAAACGUACAAUGGGACGUAAAGCUGCAAUAAAAAGUUGA